AUGUCUUUCAAACUUCUCUACGCUGGCCUAGCAAGCUCGUUACUAACCGGGGUAGCUAUCGCUCAAAGCUCCGAGGAGCAUCCUCCUUUAAUAACUUGGAAAUGCACCACAUCAGGAGGUUGCGUUCAGCAGAAUACCUCUGUCGUUCUAGAUAAGGAUUCAAAAUAUGCCCAAGGUUCUGCUGGCUCAAGAACAGCGGCUGAUUAUGCUGCUAUGGGAGUUUCUACCUCAGAUGACGCCGUGACACUAUAUCACUACGUCAAUUCGGGUGGCGCGCUCAACCCCGCAUCUCCGCGCAUAUACCUCCUAGACGCCGAAGGAGAAUACGUUAUGAUGAACCUCCUCAACCAGGAGCUUUCCGUGGAUGUCGACUACUCAGCCGUCCCCUGCGGAGAGAAUGGAGCCUUCUAUCUCUCGGAGAUGAAGGCUGACGGUGGGGGAUCAUCGGGCGGCGCGGCGGCUGGCCAAGGUUACUGUGACGCUCAAUGCCAGGGCUAUUGCUGUAACGAGAUGGAUAUUCUCGAAGCCAAUGCGAAGGCUACGGCAAUGACGCCACACCCAUGCAGCGGGAACAACUGCGACAAAGCCGGCUGCGGAUACAAUCCAUACGCCAGCGGCCAGCGUAAUCUCUGGGCAACUGGAGGCUCUGUUGACACGAGCAAGCCAUUCACAGCUGUAACACAAUUCGUUGGUAGCGGCACGUUGACACAAAUAACCCGUACCUACAUCCAGAAUGGAAAGCAGAUCAAUGGGGGUUCCAUCGGCAGCUGCAAUGACGGGGCUGGUGGGCUUUCUGGUAUGGGCCAAGCUUUGGGACGAGGAAUGGUAUUGGCGAUGAGUAUCUGGAACGACGCAGCACAGCAGAUGUCUUGGCUCGACGCUGGCAACAAUGGACCCUGCAAUAUUCAAGAGAGUACUCCCUCUAACAUUCAGGCUCAGCAUCCCGACACGCAUGUCAUCUUUUCUAAUAUUCGAUGGGGUGACAUCGGAUCUACCACCAAGGGUUAA